AUGCGUAUGGAAAAGGAACAACUGCAACUUCAGUUGGAGACGUAUUCGGAACAAGCAUCCCAUCGCUCAAGCUCCGGAACUGCCGUGCUUGAUGAUACCAAUGGAGGAAACCCAGACGAUGACGCCGUCCAGGCCCUUCGCCACCAGGUGGAUGUCCUAACGCGGAGAAUGGCAAUUUUGGAGGAAGGAAUGGCACCGCCUGAUUACAGGUCCGGUACCGCUUGA